AUGAGAGGUGCCAAGUCCUCCCUCGCUGUCGCCACCGUCUCUGGUGUGCGCUCGAGGUCCACCGUCGCAGGCUCGUCCAUUAUUGACGCAAAGUCAAGAGUACGCGAACAUGCUCGCAACAUCAGCAGGUCCUCUGCUCGCGAGGCCAACGCCGUACCCCAAGAGCCGCGUCCAACGCCCGCACCAGGUUUCCAGCAGGUCCCCAGCCGGAAUAACCUCCCCUUCCAUCCCCCAGGCGGCGCCGUCGACAUCAAAGCCAACCCGACGCUUGACCACUCCUUCGUCGGCCUGUCCGGUGGCCAGAUAUUCCACGAGAUGAUGCUCCGCCACGGUGUCAAGCACGUCUUCGGUUACCCAGGCGGAGCCAUUCUCCCCGUGUUCGACGCUAUCUACAACUCGCCCCACUUCGACUUCGUCCUCCCGCGGCACGAGCAGGGUGCCGGCCAUAUGGCCGAGGGCUACGCCCGCGUCUCGGGCAAGCCUGGUGUCGUCCUUGUCACCUCCGGGCCGGGCGCGACAAACGUGGUGACGCCGAUGCAGGACGCGCUCUCGGACGGCGUGCCGCUCGUCGUGUUCUGCGGGCAGGUCGCGACGAGCGCGAUCGGCAGCGACGCCUUCCAGGAGGCGGAUAUCAUCGGCAUCUCGCGCUCGUGCACCAAGUGGAAUGUGAUGGUCAAGGACAUCGCCGAGCUCCCGCGCCGCAUCAACGAGGCGUUCAAGAUCGCCACCUCCGGCCGCCCCGGCCCCGUCCUCGUGGACCUGCCCAAGGACGUUACCGCGGGCAUCCUGCGCACGCCGCUGUCAUACAAGGCCACUAUCCCGGGCAGCCAGGAGUUCCCGACGAACCCGCUCACGCAGAGCCCCGCGGACAUGCUCGCGAUUCAGAAGGCCGCGGACAUGCUCAAUGGCGCGCAGAAGCCCAUCAUCUACGCCGGCAACGGCGUGCUCUCGUCCGACCUCGGCCCGAAGCUGCUCGCGGAGCUCGCCGCGCGGGGCAAUAUCCCGGUGACGACCACUCUCCAGGGCCUGGGUGCGUUCGACGAGGAGGACGAGCGCAGUCUGCAUAUGCUUGGCAUGCACGGGAGUGCGUACGCGAACCUCGCGAUGCAGAACGCGGACGUUAUUAUCGCGCUCGGCGCGCGGUUCGACGAUCGCGUGACGGGCAAGGUCGACACGUUCGCGCCUGCUGCCCGUGCUGCUGCGCUGCAGGGCCGUGGCGGGAUCAUCCACUUUGAGAUCCAGCCGAAGAACGUGAACAAGGUCGUCAAUGCGCAGGUGCCUGUCCUGGGCGACGUCGUCACGAACCUGGCGGCGCUCGUGCCGCUCGUCAAGGGCGCGCCGCGCGAGGCGUGGUUCAAGGAUAUCAAGAAGUGGAAGAAAGAUUAUCCGUUUACGUAUCUUAAGAGCGGCGAGGCGAAGCAGAGCGGGCGGAUCAAGCCGCAGGAGGUGAUUGAGGAGCUUGAUAGACAGGUCAAGGGCAAGAAGGACGAUGUUGUGAUUACGACGGGUGUUGGGCAGCAUCAGAUGUGGGCUGCGCAGCAUUACCGGUGGACGGCGCCGCGCUCGAUGGUCACCUCGGGCGGGCUUGGGACGAUGGGCUUUGGCCUCCCCUCCGCCAUCGGCGCGAAAGUCGCAGCACCGCACAAGACCGUGAUCGACAUCGACGGCGACGCCUCGUUCUCGAUGACCGCGAUGGAGCUCGCGACGGCGUCGGCGCACAACAUCGGCGUGAAGGUGCUCGUGCUGAACAACGAGUUCCAGGGGAUGGUGCUGCAGUGGCAGGACCUGUUCUACGACGCGCGCUACUCGCACACGCGCAUGGUGAACCCGGACUUUGGGAUGCUCGCGCGCGCGAUGGGCGUGCACGCGAUCAGGGUCGAGACGGCGGAGGAGCUGCCUGCGAAGAUGCGGGAGUUUUUGGAGUGGGAUGGGAGUCGGCCGGUGUUGAUGGAGUGUUUGGUGGAGACGAAUGAGCAUGUGUAUCCUAUGGUCCCGGCUGGGAAGGCGCUGCACGAGCAGGUUCUGCACCCGAUGCUGCGUGCGCCCGCAAAAGCUCAGUCAUGA